CCGAGUCGGGCUGGCUGACGCUCCCUCUCCGCGGCGGUGAGACGGAUUCGAAGAUGGCGACCAGUUCGGAGCGCAGCCCUCCUCCUUUCCCGGACUCGGAGGAGCAGGAGCCGUUGGAGGCCGACGUGGGAGCCCACGGGGAGGAGGAGGAGGAGGAGGGUGAGGAGGAUGAAGGAGAGGACUUCUUCACGGGCGCGAGCAAUACUCCAAUGAGCAGCAUGGAUCCCUCACUGCCAACAACCAACGAACCCGAGGACACCAUGGAUGACCAACUUCAUGAGCUUGUCAGCCAAUCAGAAAACAAACCAGCUAGUGACGUCAGCGCUGAAUCGCCAGAUGACUUUGUUGAUCUAACAAACAAUGGAGCUGAUAGCCAAAGUCAUGCGAUCAUAGCAGAAACUACCAUAACAGAGGAAGUGAAAGACACAAGUGAGACACCCUCGGAUGAACACUCAGACGAAUUUGUUGACCUGUCAGGAGAUGAAAACGAGGCACCGGGUGAGGAGGUUCCUGUGGAAGCAGCAGCAGAACAAGGUGAAUUUCCAAGCGGCAUAACACAUCCUCCAGCUUGUGAUGUGACAGGAAGUAAUGCACAACAGGAAGUAAAGGAAGAGUCCAGUUCUCCAGUGGUGGAAGUUAGCAGCAAUUUGUCAGCUGAUACCAAAAAUCAGCCACUUUUCCAUGACCCCAUUGUUGACCCUUUGGUUGACCUCAUUGAUGAAUCUCCACCUACUGAAGUUAAGAAACCCAGCCAACCACCGGCCGACCUCUUUGAAGAUGAGCCGAGUGACUUGUUCUCAGAAUCACGACAGACCAAACUGGCCAAGCAGCCACAGACCAGCCUCUUUGAUGAUCCCGAUGAAGAUCUGUUCGGUGAACCGCUGGUCACCUCCAAGAAAGCCACCAGUGCCGAAGCUGAACAGAAAAACAAACCAGUCACAGCCAAAGCUGGAGGUGGAAGUGUUGUUGCUGCUGUUGGUGGUGUGGGAGGUCCUUUGAUUGACAGCCAUGGCGGGGAACCAACUGAUAUUUUCACUGAGGAGGCUGUUACCACGGUAACCAGCGUGGUCAACAGCAGUGUCACCUCCAAGGCCAAUGGAGUCCACUCUGAAGAAGCGGCGGACCUGUUUUCUGAAGCCACGGUGGAGCUGUCUCUGGACAGUCCGCACAACGACAGGAGGAAGAACAUGAUGACCAAACCAGUCGCCUCGUCCUCCACCCUGUCCAAACCACAGUCCGCUUCCCUGGAAGAGUUGGAAGAAGAAGAACAGGAAGAUAAAUUUGAUAUCAACAUCUCAAUUACCAACCCUGAAAAAAUCGGGGAUGGUAUGAAUGCAUACAUGGCCUAUCGAGUGUCCACACAGACCACGCUGCCCAUGUUCCGCACCAAGGCUUUUACCGUGAGGCGACGGUUCAGUGACUUCCUGGGUCUUUAUGAGAAGCUUUCUGAGAAACACUCAGCAAAUGGCUUCAUCAUACCCCCACCACCGGAAAAGAGCAUUCUGGGCAUGACCAAGGUGAAGGUGGGGAAGGAGGACCCGUCAUCUGCAGAGUUUGUAGAGCGGAGGAGGGCAGCUUUGGAGAGGUACCUCCAGAGGGUGGUGUGUCACCCGUCACUCCUCCAAGACCCUGACGUCAGAGAGUUCCUGGAGAGAGACGAGUUGCCCAGAGCAGUAAACACUCAGGCCUUCAGCGGUGCUGGCUUUCUGAAGAUGAUCAACAAAGCGACAGACGCCGUCAGUAAGAUGACCAUCAAGAUGAACGAGUCAGACGUGUGGUUUGAGGAGAAGCUGCAAGAGGUGGAGUCUGCAGACCAGAUGUUCAGGAAGCUCCAUGCACUGGUGGAGUCACUGGUGGGCCACAGGAAAGAGCUGUCACUGAACACUGCAAGCUUUGCCAAGAGCACGGCCAUGUUGGGCAGUGCGGAGGACAACACCGCCCUGUCCCGCGCCCUCUCCCAGCUGGCUGAGGUAGAGGAUAAGAUGGAGCAGCUCCACCAGGAGCAGGCCUCCAACGACUCAUUCACCCUUGCUGAACUCCUCGCAGACUACAUCCGCCUGCUGAGUGCUGUGCGGGGGGCGUUUGAUCAGCGGAUGAGGGCAUGGCAGCGUUGGCAGGAUGGCCAGGCCAUGCUGCAGAAGAAACGGGAGAGCGAGGCCAAACUGCUGUGGGCCAACAAACCGGACAAGCUGCAGCUGGUUAAGGAGGAGAUCUCUGAGUGGGAGGCCAAGGUGACCCAGUAUGAAAGAGACUUCGACAGAGUGUCUGCAACUGUGCGCAAAGAAGUGCUGCGGUUUGAGAAAGAGAAGGCCAGGGACUUCCAGAAGCAGAUCAUCAAGUACCUGGAGGCUCUUCUGCGGUCCCAGCAGCAGCUGAUGAAGUACUGGGAGGCGUUCCUACCAGAGGCGAAGGCCAUCGCUUGACGCGGUCCGUCGGCUCUGAAAACAAGAAGCUGACAUUCCUCCUAGACUUCAACCCGUUCCUUUAAAAGGAGGAAAACCGAAGCUUUGUAAAAGGGAGAAGAGAUAAAUUCAUGCUGUUUUUUUAUCACUUUUAACAUAUAGCUCUGUAUUCUAUUCUAUUAAUACUUGUAUAUUUUCAUUUAACUUGACACAAAUAUUUUCUUAUAAGAUGAAAAAAGAACUUCCGUACACAACUAUAUGAACACAUGCAAAAAGUCCAAGUGCAGAGAACGAUUCCAUUAAUUUCCAUAAGGGAAGAGAGAAAAGCCCGUUCUUCUCAGGACAAACUCACACGUCGGUAUCUGUCACAUCAGCCCCGGCUUGUUUACAACACAACUGUCCUCGUGACACGUCGUGCCGAGGACUCGGACUGAGAAAGUGGCCAAAUGUUACCUCUUCUCAGCGAUGCGGAGGGAGGAACCUUUUUAUUUUCUCUAGACCCCAAAUACUGUUGA